CAGGCACGCGGCGUGUGUUACAUCUGUACAGUGUCCUUUUUAUCAUACUUUGAAAAAAAAAAUUUUUUUAAUAAUAAGCUUUGAACUUGUAUUUUGUUAAAAUCGUUACUGGAAGCGAAGACAAUUACAAAGUGACACCAGUUGGGUUCCAAAAUCGACGAGGAAAAUCAAAAAAGGGAAAUGAGCUUGCGUUGGAUUUACGAGAACCGCGAGCCCCCGGUGGUCGACGAGGAGUGCAGCGACAUCGACGACAGUUGCAGCGACGACAGCUACGACUCCGAUCUGGAUGCCACUGCAUUUGCGGCCAAUGGCAAAAACUACGACCAUUACAGCCAUUCUCUCGCAGCUAAAGCAAAAUCAUCGGAUAGCACCGACGAUGAUGAAAACGCACGCCACAAGCCAGAAACGUGUCCAACGGAAUUGCCCGGCAGUGGUUGCGACCUUCAGUUGGCAACGGUGAAUAGUUAUAUCGCUCGUCAUCCGCUAAAAUUAAAACUCUUCUGUCGCACUGGUUAUUACCUAGGAAUGACGCGAUCGGGACGAGUGAAGGGAUUCGCCGACGAAAGCACGAGCGAUGCUCACGUGCGAUUCGUUCUGUCAUCGGUUGCGGACGGAGUGGUUCGACUAGAGAGUACGGAAACCGGUCACUACUUAGCCAUCAAUUCAACCGGUCAUUUGUAUGGAGAGUUAAAAGCAAACAAAGACAACACGAAGUGGGAGCAGUGGAGUUCUGGGAAAUACGAUUCGUUCCGAUCGCACAAGUACGCUGAUGACGGCUGGUGGCUGGCCAUCAAAAACAACGGCAGGCACAAAUCGGCUCCCAAGACUGCCUGGGCACAAAAGGCCACGCAAUUCGUAAUCAUUAGGAUGGCGUGACCGUCUAUCGUACGAGCAGCUUGAUUUUUUUUUUUUUUUUUUUUUUUUCUUCUUGUAAAGUAAAAAAUUACAGAAUCGUUAUUUGUUUGCUUUGCUUGGAUUCGUUAUUUUAUUUUAUAUUUUUGAAAAAAAAUGGGACCGACCCCAAGGUUACAUUAUUAAAUUAGAUAGUAUUAAGAGAUGGCAAGAAGACGCUGGUGAUAAAAACGCUUGAAUGUGUGAGAUUAAUACAAGGAUGCGUUAUAAAAUGUAACAUGGAAAAUAUAAAAUUGUUACAUGCACAUGUGAGUAACAAAUAGUGCAAUGAUCAGUUAUUUAAUGAUGAUAUUCAUGUAAUUAUAAGAAUGAACACACAUAUAUGUACGGUAUUAAGGUCCAAAUAAGUUAAAUUAAUUUAGAUGUAUGGAAAAUAGUUUGGCAAUAAAUUAAAUUACAAAAGUAAAUUAAAAUGUAUACAGGCAUUAAAUUGCUCCGGAAUGUUAAUAAUUUUGAACAUGAGUAGAAUGUCAUGUCUUACUUUUGUAAAAUAUUUUACGCACAAUAAUAUUACCGAUAUCAAUGUAUACAAAAUGGUAACAGAUAAAUGGUGCAUUACAGUUGAAGAAAUACUGAAGAAACGUAUUUUGUUUAUCAGCAAUGUAAGAUUGUCAAUGCUUGCCCGGCUUUUCGUUAAUCAAUAUUGGUUGGGUGAGAUUAAGCGUUUUUUCUAUUGUUUUUAUGAAACAAGGCCAAUGAUAUUGAAAAAAAAAAAAAAAAAAAAUUUGAAUUGAAUAUAAAAGCAAAAUCUUAUCCAAGUUAUCAGUCUGAUAAUGCAAUUUUUUACAUUGUGCAUUGAUAAUUUAUUGACUUUAUUUAACGUCUCGGUAAAUAUUUAUCAGUUCGUUGCCUGCAGGAUUAGUUCACAUUUAAUCGAGUAAACAGUUGCUCGGUGCUAUCCCGCGUACUCGCCAAAAUCAAUUAUUAUCUCUCGUAACCGACAAUAGUAAGAAAAACAUAUUUUGACGUUCAUUGAUAUACCAAAUAUUAGUGCAAGUCUACUUAUAUCCGUGUACGCGGUAAAACGAGUAAUUUCCUAUUAUA